CUAAAAGCCCAAACACCUUCAGUCUAAGGGCUGGGGCUGAGGGAGAGAGGAGCAGGAGGGCCCAGUUUGGCUCUAAAGAAAAAACAGUACCGUUUUGCACUUAUGGCUUUGUUGUAGUAACUGAAAUUACCAACAACAACUCUGUCCUUUUUCUGUAUUUGUGGAAGGAAAAGGACCUACAUUUUGUACUGAAAAGUCGCCCGUUUUUUUUCUUUAGGAGCUUUGAGUAGCUGAGUGAGUGACAAUGGAGAUGAAAAGAUGGUCCACAAGGUGGAAAACGAAAAGGUGGCUGUGGGACCCCACUCUAACCACCAUCAUCACUAUCGCUUUCCUUCUGCAAGCCGUCAAUGUUAAAGCAGCUGACCCAGUGGAUGUACUCAAGGCUCUGGACUUCCACAGCUCUCCGGAUGGCGUCCGUAAAGUCACGGGCUUCUGCGCUCACCGGAGAGGAUCUAAACCUGACAUAGCCUUCCGCGUAGGAAAACAGGCGCAGAUCAGCGCUCCCAGCAUGCAACUCUUUCCAGGAGGAGUGUUCCCAGAGGACUUCUCAGUGAUGUUCACCAUCAAGCCCAAGGCAGGCAGCCAGUCUUUCCUGCUGUCUGUGUAUAACGAGCAGGGGGUCCAGCAGCUGGGUGUGGAGGUGGGACGCUCCCCGGUCUUCCUGUAUGAAGACCAACAUGGAAAACCUUCCCCAGAGGAUUAUCCACUGUUCAGAUCCAUCAACCUCGCUGACGGCCAAUGGCAUCGCGUGGCCAUCAGUGUGGAGAAGAAGAGUGUGACCAUCAUUGUGGAUUGUAAGAAGAAGCUGAGCAGGCCACUGAAGAGGAGCGACGGGGCGGCCAUCAACACUGACGGCAUCACCGUGUUCGGAACCAGGAUUCUGGACGAAGAGGUCUUUGAGGGUGACAUCCAACAGCUGCUGAUUGUGGCCGACCCGCGGGCAGCGUACGACUACUGUGAACACUACAGCCCCGACUGUGAAACACCUCACCAGGAGCAGCCACAGGCACAGGAACCAGAGGAUGAGUACAAUUCCUACGACCUCGAGUACAGUGAGGUCUAUGACUACAGUGAAGGAGGAGUGGCCACUGAAACUGCCCCAACCGAAGGAGCACCUGCACCUGAGGCAGUUGCUGUGGAUGGAGAAUACACCGCCUACGACUACGGCACGGUGGACAGCGCUCAACCGGCUGAGAACCCUACAGACUCAACCGCUCCAAUCCUGAACUAUGACGAGGAAAUAGUUGAUGAUUACAUCACAGGCGUGGAGAAGGUUGGCGCCGACCCUACCACUGCCGCAGAAACCGGCUCAGACACCAAAGGUCCCGACCCCGGCGAGAACUCGUACGAUUUUAAGGAGUAUGAUCUGAAGGAAUACGGUGACACUAAGGAGAUUGAUAUGAAACAGACGUACGAGUAUGGGGAUUAUGGAGACUAUGGCACUGGCGAGGCCAAACCCACCGCCUCUGUCUCGGCCUAUGAGGAUGAGUUUGGGCCCGGCAUACCCGCUGAGACCGAGACAGAGUCUAGUAUGGGAGGAGGAGGAUAUGGUGGUGAGAAGGGAGAGAAAGGAGAACCUGCCAUCGUUGAACCUGGGAUGCUGAUUGAAGGACCCCAAGGAGCCCCCGGCCAAGCUGGCCUCCCCGGCUCCCCAGGCUCACAGGGUUCCCCUGGCCCACACGGAGAUCACGGUGACAGGGGUCCUCCAGGGCGGGCUGGUAUUCCUGGUUCGGAUGGUGUUCCUGGUCCUCCAGGUACCAUCCUGAUGCUGCCAUUCCGUGCUGGUGGAGAGGCACAUAAGGGACCGGUGGUCUCAGCUCAGGAGGCCCAAGCCCAGGCCAUCCUUUCCCAAGCCAGGCUCACCAUGAGGGGAACCCCUGGGCCAAUGGGAAUGUCAGGAAGAUCUGGGCCUGCGGGUGGACCAGGAGCUAACGGACUGAAGGGAGAUGGAGGAGACAACGGACCUCAGGGUCCCAGAGGUCUGCAGGGUCCAACUGGCCCACCUGGCAAGGCAGGAAAGAGGGGCCGUAAUGGAGCUGAUGGUUCCAGGGGUAUGCCAGGAGAGUCGGGGGGUAAGGGGGACAGAGGAUUCGAUGGGUUACCAGGUCUCCCCGGAGAGAAGGGACACAGGGGUGAGCUUGGUUCCAUCGGCUCUCCAGGUGCUCCAGGAGAGGAUGGGCAGAGAGGCGAGGACGGUGAGAUCGGACAACGUGGUCUGGCAGGAGAGAGCGGACCUAGAGGUCUGCUUGGCCCUAGGGGAUCACCAGGGACUGGUGGACAACGUGGUCUCGCUGGACUGGAUGGCCAAGCUGGUCCCAAAGGAAACCAGGGCCCACAAGGAGAGUCGGGGCCUGCCGGACAGCAGGGGAUCCCUGGAUCACAAGGUCUUGUUGGUCCUCAAGGCCCGAUCGGACCGCCUGGUGACAAAGGACCGUCAGGUCGUCAGGGAUUGGCUGGUCUGGCUGGUGCCGACGGUCCUCCCGGUCACCCAGGGAAGGAGGGUCCUCCGGGAAUGAAAGGAGGCGUCGGUCAUCCUGGACCUCAUGGUUCUCUUGGCUACCCUGGCCCUCGCGGUGUCAAGGGUGCUGAGGGCGUCAGAGGUCUUAAAGGCGGUGGAGGAGAAAAGGGAGAGGAUGGUUUUCCAGGUUUCAAGGGUGACAUGGGCAUCAAGGGAGACAAGGGAGAGCUCGGUGUCCUAGGAACCAGAGGUGAAGACGGACCUGAAGGCCCCAAAGGUCGUUCUGGCCCCAACGGAGAGGUUGGCCCCAUCGGGUCGGCUGGAGAGAAGGGUAAACUUGGUGUCCCCGGGUUACCCGGUUACCCAGGAAGACAAGGACCUAAGGGCUCCAGUGGCUUCCCUGGAUUCCUUGGCUCCAACGGAGAGAAAGGAGGAAGGGGUAUCGCUGGUAAAUCUGGACCCAGAGGACAACGUGGCCCAACGGGUCCCCGUGGUGGAAGAGGUGCCAGAGGACCAACUGGAAAACCAGGUGCUAAGGGAACAUCAGGCAACGACGGACCUCCCGGUGGAUCAGGAGAGAGAGGACCUCAAGGACCCCAGGGGCCAGUCGGCUUCCCAGGUCCUAAGGGCCCAAACGGGCCCCCUGGUAAAGACGGAAUGCCUGGUCACCCUGGGCAGAGAGGAGAGACAGGUUUCCAGGGAAAGACUGGCCCACCUGGGCCUGGAGGAGUUGUAGGACCUCAGGGACCAACGGGAGAGACCGGCGGCAUCGGAGAGAGAGGACACCCUGGUUCCCCUGGACCCCCCGGAGAGCAAGGUUUACCUGGAUCUGCUGGGAAAGAAGGAGGAAAGGGUGACCCAGGUCCAAUGGGUACGUCUGGGAAGGUUGGCCCAGCCGGGCUCCGGGGCUUCGCUGGACAGAGAGGUCUUCCUGGGGCUAAUGGUCCAGCUGGUUUGAAGGGAGGCGAAGGACCACAGGGUGCCCAAGGCCCCGUCGGUUCUCCUGGAGAACGAGGUGCUGCCGGUCCUGGAGGUCCCAUCGGUCUAUCAGGACGCACUGGACCCCAGGGAGGCCCGGGUCCAGCCGGAGAGAAGGGGGGCCCGGGAGAGAAAGGUCCCAUGGGACCAGCUGGUCGUGACGGUAUUCAAGGUCCAGUUGGUCUUCCUGGCCCCGCAGGCCCCCAGGGGCCCCCUGGAGAGGACGGAGACAAGGGAGAGGUUGGUGAGUCUGGCCAGAAAGGAAGCAAAGCAGACAAGGGAGAACAGGGACCUCCUGGUCCAGGAGGUCUUCAAGGUGUCAUCGGAGCUCCUGGUCCUGCUGGUACUGAUGGUGAGUCAGGACCCAGGGGUCAGCAGGGUAUGUUUGGCCAGAAGGGAGACGAAGGAUCCAGAGGAUUCCCUGGGCUACCUGGGCCCAUCGGACUGCAGGGCCUGCCUGGCACAUCAGGAGAGAAGGGAGAGAACGGGGACGUCGGCCCAAUGGGUCCGCCUGGUCCUCCAGGUCCCAGAGGUCCCCAGGGUUCUAGCGGAGCUGACGGUGCCCAAGGCCCUCCUGGUGGAGUGGGUUCUAUGGGAGGUAAUGGAGAAAAGGGAGAGAGCGGUGAAGCUGGCAACCCAGGACCAUCUGGAGAGCCCGGUGGUGGAGGCCCCAGAGGAGAGACAGGGGAGAAGGGAGAGUCAGGACCACCUGGAGCUGCUGGACCUGCAGGGGCCCGCGGACCCGGAGGAGACGACGGCCCCAAAGGCAACCCUGGUCCCGUAGGCUUCCCUGGAGACCCUGGUCCCCCUGGAGAGCCUGGAGUUGGUGGAUUGGAUGGCUUGGCUGGAGACAAGGGAGAUGACGGCGAGGCCGGUCAGCCUGGUCCAUCCGGUCCUUCUGGAGAAGCCGGGCCUCCAGGACCCCCCGGCAAGAGGGGACCCAUUGGACCGGCCGGUACUGAGGGAAGACAAGGAGAGAAGGGAUCUAAGGGUGAGGCUGGAGCCGAGGGGCCUGAUGGUCAGACUGGACCUGUCGGACCCCAGGGGCCCUCUGGUAAACCCGGACCCGAUGGCCUGCGUGGAAUCCCAGGCCCUGUUGGUGAACAAGGCCUUCCGGGUGCCUCUGGAAUGGACGGACCCCCUGGACCUCUGGGACCCCCUGGUCUCGCUGGUCUGAAAGGAACUCCUGGGGGCAAAGGAGAAAAGGGUCACCCAGGUCUGAUUGGUCUGAUUGGGCCGCCUGGUGAGUUCGGAGAGAAGGGAGACAGAGGCCUGCCUGGACCCCAGGGAACUGGUGGAGGCAAAGGAGACACUGGUGUUGGUGGUCCUUCCGGUCCCCUUGGUCCUCCUGGACCUCCUGGUAUUCCUGGACCUGUGGGCUCUAAGGGGUCCAAGGGAUCGUCAGGUGGAGCUGGCCAGAAAGGAGACACUGGUGUGAUUGGACCACCCGGAGCUCCUGGUCCUCCUGGGGACAUCAUCCAGCCACUGCCCAUCCAGCAGGCAAGCAGGAAGAACAGACGCCAGGCGGAGGACGACGGCGUGCAGGGCGACGAGGCGGGAGGCAUGGCGGACUACGGCAUGGAGUCCACAGCGGACGUGGAGGACGUGUUCGGGUCCCUGAAUAACUUGAAGCAGGACAUCGAGAGGAUGAAGUUCCCCAUGGGAACACAGGACAACCCUGCCAGGACCUGUAACGACCUGCACCUCAGCCAGCCUGACUUCCCUAAUGGUGAAUACUGGAUCGAUCCUAACCAGGGCUGUACUGGAGACUCCUUCAAGGUCUACUGUAAUUUCACCGCUGGAGGAGAGACCUGUAUCUACCCCGACAAGAAGUCUGCUGGCGUCAGAAUAUCUAACUGGCCAAAAGAGGCUCCAGGAUCAUGGUUCAGUGAAUUCAAACGUGGAAAAAUAUUGAACUAUGUGGACACGGAGGAGAACACCAUCCAGACAGUCCAGAUGACCUUCCUGAAGCUGCUCAGCUCAUCAGCCCGUCAGAAUUUCACCUACAUCUGCCACCAGUCGGUAGCCUGGUACGAUGCCAAGGCAGACGGCUACGACAAGGCUCUACGCUUCCUGGGCUCCAACGACGAGGAGAUGUCCUAUGAUAACAACCCCUUCAUCAAGGCCCUGUCGGACGGAUGCUCGCUGAAGUCGGGCUACUCCAAGACGGUGAUGGAGAUCAACACUCCUCGUGUCGACCAAGUGCCCAUCAUCGACGUCAUGUUUAAUGACUUUGGCGACCCCAGCCAGCGGUUCGGGUUCGAGGUGGGCCCCGUCUGCUUCAUGGGCUAGGACCUGACCAUCCCCUGAACCCCCCUCUGCCCUACCCCCUACAGAACAACAGGCCUCCCCUCUGCCCUACCCCCUAUAGAACAACACCCCCCUCCUCUGCCCUACCCCCUAUAGCACAACAUGUCCCCCUCCUCUUCCCUACCCCCUAUAGCACAACAUGCCCCCUCUGCCCUGUCAUAGAAGCAUUGUCCCAGGGGAAUACUCCUCGCCCUUGUAGGGCCAAUCACAUAAUGACUUUAACUUGUAACGAGAGGAAGUGACAUCAGGAACAAAGGACGUUUGAUGCCGUGGGCGGACAGUGGCACACUUUCAGCAAACAGAGAGGAGGACCCACUCGCCCCAACCCUCAAAACCUCCUUUUCUCCCCCUCGUCUCCCCUCUCCUCACCCUUUACCUUGAUUAGAGGGAGGAUCCACUCACCCCACCCAAGCCCCCUUUCCACCCCUCAUCUCACCCCUCGUCCUUUCCCCUUUUCCCUCCAACCACUCUUCCUACCCUGUCUCGUCCCUUGUCCCUCCCCCAGCCCAGCCCCCCUGUCUGGUAGCUCCAGUCUCCUCGUCCCUUCCCCAGCCCAGUCUUCCUGUCUUGUAGCUCCAGUCUCCUCGUCCCUUCCCCAGCCCAGUCUCCCUGUCUGGUAGCUCCAGUCUCCUCGUCCCUUCCCCAGCCCAGUCUCCCUGUCUGGUAGCUCCAGUCUCCUCGUCCCUUCCCCAGCCCAGUCUCCCUGUCUGGUAGCUCCAGUCUCCUCGUCCCUUCCCCAGUCUCCCUGUCUGGUAGCUCCAGUCUCCUCGUCCCUACCCCAGCCCAGUCUCCCUGUCUGGUAGCUCCAGUCUCCUCGUUCCUUCCCCAGCCCAGCCCCCCUGUCUGGUAGCUCCAGUCUCCUCGUCCCUUCCCCAGCCCAGCCUCCGUCUGGUAGCUCCAGUCUCCUCGUCCCUUCCCCAGCCCAGCCUCCCUGUCUGGUAGCUCCAGUCUCCUCGUCCGUUCCCCAGCCCAGUCUCCCUGUCUGGUAGCUCCAGUCUCCUCGUCCCUUCCCCAGCCCAGCCUCCCUGUCUGGUAGCUCCAGUCUCCUCGUCCCUUCCCCAGCCCAGUCUCCCUGUCUUGUAGCUCCAGUCUCCUCGUCCCUUCCCCAGCCCAGUCUCCCUGUCUGGUAGCUCCAGUCUCCUCGUCCCUUCCCCAGCCCAGUCUCCCUGUCUGGUAGCUCCAGUCUCCUCGUCCCUUCCCCAGCCCAGCAUCCGUCUGGUAGCUCCAGUCUCCUCGUCCCUUCCCCAGCCCAGCCUCCCUGUCUGGUAGCUCCAGUCUCCUCGUCCCUUCCCCAGCCCAGUCUCCCUGUCUGGUAGCUCCAGUCUCCUCGUCCCUUCCCCAGCCCAGCCUCCCUGUCUGGUAGCUCCAGUCUCCUCGUCCCUUCCCCAGCCCAGUCUCCCUGUCUUGUAGCUCCAGUCUCCUCGUCCCUUCCCCAGCCCAGUCUCCCUGUCUGGUAGCUCCAGUCUCCUCGUCCCUUCCCCAGCCCAGUCUCCCUGUCUGGUAGCUCCAGUCUCCUCGUCCCUUCCCCAGCCCAGCCUCCCUGUCUGGUAGCUCCAGUCUCCUCGUCCAUUCCCCAGCCCAGUCUCCCUGUCUGGUAGCUCCAGUCUCCUCGUCCCUUCCCCAGCCCAGCCUCCCUGUCUGGUAGCUCCAGUCUCCUCGUCCCUUCCCCAGCCCAGUCUCCCUGUCUUGUAGCUCCAGUCUCCUCGUCCCUUCCCCAGCCCAGUCUCCCUGUCUGGUAGCUCCAGUCUCCUCGUCCCUUCCCCAGCCCAGUCUCCCUGUCUGGUAGCUCCAGUCUCCUCGUCCCUUCCCCAGUCUCCCUGUCUGGUAGCUCCAGUCUCCUCGUCCCUACCCCAGCCCAGUCUCCCUGUCUGGUAGCUCCAGUCUCCUCAUUCCUUCCCCAGCCCAGCCCCCCUGUCUGGUAGCUCCAGUCUCCUCGUCCCUUCCCCAGCCCAGCCUCCGUCUGGUAGCUCCAGUCUUCUCGUCCCUUCCCCAGCCCAGCCUCCCUGUCUGGUAGCUCCAGUCUCCUCGUCCGUUCCCCAGCCCAGUCUCCCUGUCUGGUAGCUCCAGUCUCCUCGUCCCUUCCCCAGCCCAGCCUCCCUGUCUGGUAGCUCCAGUCUCCUCGUCCCUUCCCCAGCCCAGUCUCCCUGUCUUGUAGCUCCAGUCUCCUUGUCCCUUUCCCAGCCCAGCCUCCCUGUCUGGUAGCUCCAGUCUCCUCGUCCCUUCCCCAGCCCAGUCUCCCUGUCUGGUAGCUCCAGUCUCCUCGUCCCUUCCCCAGCUCAGUCUCCCUGUCUGGUAGCUCCAGUCUCCUCGUCCCUUCCCCAGCCCAGUCUCCCUGUUUGGUAGCUCCAGUCUCCUUGUCCCUUCCCCAGCCCAGCCUCCCUGGCUCCAGUGUUGCUCCAGAUACAACCACAGAGGUGCUUUUGUGCGGAACACAGAACACCAAAGGUGCUACAAAAAAAAGUGAAUUUUGCAAAAAACUGUAAUUAUUAUUAUUUUUAUUUUGUACAAUACUGUUCUCUUUCUGAAUCCACUCUUCAAAAAAAGAAACUUGCAUGUGUACCAAAGCUCUUAAUAUUAAUGUUUUAAUAAAUGUUGGUUUUAAACUAUAUAGAAAAUAAAUUUGCAAUAAAUAUAUUUGUUUGUGUUAAAUAUCUGUUGAGAAACGAAUGGGUAAGUAAUACUAGGUUGUUGUGUUUGGGAUACAGUGUAAUAUCAGCAAUACAAUUAAUUAUGAAGAAUCUCCUUUGUAAAUAUUGACCAUUAUAAAGCACUUACAACAUUAUUCUCCCCUUCCAAGACUAUAGUCUACAGUAAAAGGUUAUGUACAUAGUAGGCCUAUAUACAGUAAAGGUUAUGUCUUAUAACUGACUUGUGUUAUUGUUUUCAACUAUUACUUCCAGGUUUUGAUUAUUUGUGCCCACUAAAUCAGGAAUGUAAGAUUGCAGAGUAAUUUAAAAAUGAGUAAUGUGAAAAUGUCCACAAAGCCAGUUUUACAUAUUGCACUCGACAAGCUUCCUAUGCCAGAUAGAUUUUUAUCCCACAGAAUGGUAUACCUCAAUCGCUCUAUGUACAUUAAUGUUGAGAUGCUAUAGGAUCGAUAAGAAACCCUGUAUAUACCUUGAUUUGUACAAUUGAGUUAAUAUAUUUGGGCUAGUGGAAUUCUAACUUCUCGUCUAUUUCCUAACAGUUUGUGAAUGAUGACAAAUAAAUUAGACCGUUUCUGUUGCAGUAAUGAGGAAGUGUUUUCCUGUAACAGUAAUGAGGAAGUGUUUUCCUGUAACAGUAAUGAGGAAGUGUUUUCCUGUAACAGUAAUGAGGAAGUGUUUUCCUGUAACAGUAAUGAGGAAGUGUUUUCCUGUAACAGUAAUGAGGAAGUGUUUUCCUGUAACAGUAAUGAGGAAGUGUUUUCCUGUAACAGUAAUGAGGAAGUGUUUUCAUGUGCUUUUGAUGGUUGAUUCAUAUUAAAACUGGAUUCUGAACAAAAGCGUUGACUUGACCCUCUGUAUUGUUCUAGAGAGUUCUCUCUCUCUCGAGGGAUGAUUCCACGUUGCUUUAUUUUGACAGAUGAUUUUUCCCUUCCGCAAAAGAUCAAAUAAUCCUAAAUCCUAAUCUUUGUCAGAUUAGGCUGAACUAUGGUGUGAUGGGUCUUUAUAGAGGGGUUAGCUGACAAAGUCAGGGGGGGGGGGGACAAUGCGUAAACUUCAAUGGGACAGAAGUGCCCGUGUUGUUGUGAUUCUGGAUGACAAGAAGCCAUUGUGGGGAAUCGUAGGUGGUUUGUUUCAGAUACAUCUGCCUUACUUCCUGUUUGGGGAUUUAGGGGGUUUUCUGUACAGCACUUUGUGGCAUCGACGGAUGUAAAAUAAAAGGGCUUUAUAAAUACAUUUCAUUUGAUUGAGCUACUUUCAUCUUGUUCUUGAUACCAAGCCUUUUUUUUGGUAUUUUGACUGAUGUCACAUCUAUGAUAAUAUGGCUCAAAUUUGCUAACUAAACCAACAACUGUAACAAUGUAUUCGAGAGACGACAAGUGUUCAUUGUGAAAAUGUAUUUAUGUUUUCAAUAAACAAUGGAGACUAAAUAUGUAAUUUACAUGUUA